AUGUCUUUCAACGAGCUUCAAGACCGUCUCGCCCUCAUCACCGGCGCUUCGGGUGGAAUCGGAGCAGCAUGCGCCCAUCAACUCGCCGAACAAGGCAUAAACCUAGCCCUAACAUACGCAACAAACCUAACGGCAAUGGAAACCCUAGUAAAAACCCUCCAAACCAAAUCGAACACCCUCAAAAUCUCAAUCCACAAAGUAGACGUCGGCUCCUCGGACGACAUCGAACGCAUGUUCCAAGAAAUCGACACACAACACGGCCACAGACCUGACAUCCUCGUCUCAAAUGCUGGAUAUGGCAAGCGCAUCCCUAACGUUUGGGAUUGCACACUCGAGGAAUUCGACUAUACGCUCCAAGUUAACCUGCGCGCAUCAUUCAUUCUGGUCAAGGGUGUUGUUGACCGGAUGAAGAGUCAGCGCUGGGGUCGGAUUGUGUUUAUGUCUUCUAUUGCUGCGCAGGGGGGUGGUAUCAAUGGGUGUCACUACGCAGCCUCAAAAGGCGGCCUAACAGGAAUGAUGAAGAACCUCUCUACCCGUCUCGCCGAGUUCAAUAUUAGUGUUAAUGAUGUUGCGCCCGCUAUGAUUGGUGAUACGGGCAUGAUUCCUAACGCUGCUGCUAUUCCUGAGGUUGCGGCUGGUAUUCCUAUUGGGAGGUUGGGGACGCCUGAGGAGACGGCGAACGUUGUGACCAUGUUGGUUAAGACGGGUUAUAUGACUGGGCAGAGUUUGUUGCUGGCUGGAGGGUUGAAAUGA